AUGACGAGUUUCCUGCCACAGACCUGCUUCAGGCAGCUAGCACGCGGCUAUCUGCCAAAGAGAAGCCCGGCUUUCCCUGCGCCUUUGUCACGCUCCCAACCAACACGAUGUUUCUCAACUACACUACGGGCCCAGUCUCGAGUCGGCGGCGCCCCAGUCUCAGUACCCCCCGAGGUCUCUUUAAAAUUUAUCGAUCUGCCUCAAGUGCAAGGCCGGGGAGCGGGUAAAGACCAACCUAAGGUUGCAGUUGAAGUUAAUGGGCCAUUGGGUCAAUUAACGUUGAACAUCCCUUCCUUUGUCAAUAUUGCACACGAUGAGAACCUUCGGAAAGCGUCCCUAACUGUCGCUGAUCCCGCUGUUCCGCACCAGCGUGCUAUGUGGGGAACCACCCGAGCCCACUUGCAGAACUACAUCCUUGGAGUGUCGGAAGGCCAUAUUUGCAUCCUGAGUCUGGUUGGUGUCGGAUACAGAGCUAGCAUUGAGCCAACAGCGACCACCGUCGAGCCCGAGUACCCCGGUCAGCAAUUUGUCUCCCUCAAGGCUGGAUAUUCACACCCGAUUGAGCUCGGCAUUCCAGAAGGCGUUCAAGCGAGUACACCCCAGCCUACUCGUAUCCUUCUGCAGGGCAGCGAUAAGCAGGUGGUCACGCAGUUUGCGGCGGAGAUCCGGGAAUGGCGCAAGCCCGAACCGUACAAGGGCAAGGGUAUUUUCAUCAACGGAGAGACAAUCAAGCUGAAGGCGAAAAAGAUUCGGUAAACGCGUCUACAGACUGGGGAGAAUGUCGGUUAUUAUCUGUAUAUUUAUAUCCGAGCGCCUUUCUUUUUGUCGGCGAAGGUUUUAUUUUAUGUACUUUUAAAGGUCUCCAUUAUAUGCAUCCAUCAAAGACAUUCCGGAUUGCCAUAAUAUCGCCACCUUGAGGGUAUCCUUCAGAGUUUCAAGACUUUCUUGACAGCGCUGAUUACUUCGUCCUGGAUGGCCUUGGGAGCGGCAACGACUCCCUUGUUGGCAGCCAAAGUCCUCCCCUUGCUGAAAUCCAGAGUUUGUCCAUAGAUAUCGGUCACCUGGCCACCGGCCUCGCGAACAAUGA